AUGGAGACCUCGCUGCGCCUGCGCAGUGGCGGCGGCCUCCGCAUCCACGCCAAGGAGAAGCUGCCCCUCGGCCACAGCUCGCUGCUGCAGGCUCAUGCGGAGCUCGACCUCCACAAAAGCCCCGCCGGAGUUACUGCCCCGAGUUACCUCGCUCUCUUCGUCAGGCACUUCUACCCCCAGCUAUCAGCCAACCUCGGAGCUGGCGUCCAGUUGCACAACGGCGAUGACCUCACCUACAACCUUCGUGCCAAGAAGGCCGUCCUGUUCAAACCAGACAAUGGCUUCCUAGGCCUAAACCUCAAAGGACGCCUACUUAUCGACAAAGAGUUCAAGCCGACAAAGACAUCUGGAGCCGUUGAAUUGGCCUGGACCAUACUUGACUUCAAACAGGGCCAAGAUGUAAGGCUCAAAGUUGGCUACGAAUUGUAUGACAAGGUGCCUUAUUUCCAGCUUAAAGAAAACAGUUGGACGCUGAAUGCUUAUAUGGAUGGGAAAUGGGAUGUUCGAUUUGAAAUGUGA